GAGCGGGGUGGGGGCGCCCUCUCCCUUCACAGCCGCCGCCGUCGCAGCCCGGAGCGGACACCGUGCAGGUGGGGUCCGUGUGCGGCCCCUGGGCUUCGAGCGGCACCGCGGCCUGGGGCCUGGCAGUAAUAGGUAAAGCAAGAUGCAGACGACUUCUUUGGCUCUCCUCAGCUCUCCGGCUCUGUUCCGGUGCUGCUCCAGGGCUCUGGCCAGGCCCGUUUCAGUGUCUGUGUUCAGCAGGCCUGAGGCUCAGGCUGUACAGCCAGCUGGUGUGUCCUAUCCACAGCUGACCCGCCGUGAGUUCCAAACUAGUGCAGUUUCCCGGGAUAUUGACACUGCUGCUAAAUUCAUCGGUGCUGGUGCUGCCACAGUUGGGGUGGCUGGUUCAGGAGCAGGUAUUGGGACAGUGUUUGGCAGCUUGAUCAUUGGCUAUGCCAGGAAUCCAUCUCUCAAGCAGCAGCUUUUCUCCUAUGCCAUCCUGGGCUUUGCCCUGUCUGAGGCCAUGGGUCUCUUCUGUUUGAUGGUGGCAUUCCUUAUCCUCUUUGCCAUGUGACAACUUCUGGCGUGGCUGCAGUUUCCAUCACUUUGUCCUCGGCGGUUUGAGUCUGCUUUCAUCAGAGCGUUCCAGACUGACAAUUAAAGAAAAGAUUUCUCUAAAUAAA